CCUGAUAUGAGAAGAAGGAACAGGCAGUGUGACAGUACGCUAAGGACACAAACUCAGGUUAGACUCCAACAGACGUCUUUCUUCUGGAUUUAUCUUCUGUUCUGAUUGAAACCACUUGUUUGAAAAUGGGCUUCCUGCUGACCAAGAUGAUGGCUGUGUUCGGGGACAAAGAGCACAAAGUCAUCGUGGUGGGUUUGGACAACGCAGGAAAGACCACCAUCCUCUACCAGUUUCUGACGAAAGAAGCCGUCCAGACGUCGCCGACCAUCGGCAGCAACGUUGAGGAGAUCUCAGUCCGAAAUACUCACUUCUUAGUUUGGGAUAUCGGAGGCCAGGAGAACCUUCGAGCCAGCUGGUACUCAUACUUCUGCAACACAGAGAUUGUCAUUCUGGUUGUGGACAGCACCGACCGCGAACGUCUGACUGUAACCAAAGACGAGCUGCACCGGAUGCUCGCACAUGAGGACCUGCAGAAGGCAGCAGUUCUCAUCAUGGCCAACAAGCAGGACGUGAAGGGCUCGAUGACGGCGGCGGAGAUCUCGCAGUGCCUCACGCUCGACACCAUCACAACGCACUCGUGGCAUGUUCAAGCCUGCUGCGCCCUGACAGGAGAAGGCCUUCCUGCAAGUCUGGACUGGAUGAGAUCACAAGUUGUUGCGAACUGAGCCAAGCCGAUCGAAACUUCCUCAAACUGAGCCGACGUCUCGUGUCUGGAUUAUUUGCAGUGUUUUUAAAGCCUGUGGACAUGACGGUGUAAGAGUCAGAGCCGGCCUCGCCACGCUGACAGCGUCUUACUCAGCCGUGUGAGAGACUGAAAGGAGCUGCUCCUUGUCUGGACUCUGAGUUGACUAUAAAGCAAUCAGGCGGAUUUCUUCCUCAUUUGGGGUUGUGAAGAAAGAGAAGGAGUGUUUUCCUGAAAGAGCCCCGGUGUGUAGAGGGUUUCAGUGAAGUACCCUACCUGACCUGUAAUGUCACAUUCCACCCUGCCUCCACCACAGUUCUGUCAUUUCUCAGGUGAUAUUGAAGCGACAGCAGCACCUCACUGCACUGACAUGGCAGUUAAUUAAAACAUCAUCAAUACAUUUCUAAAAAAAAAAAACUGUGCCAAAGAUGUUGCAAACUAAACUUGAAUGAUGAAACAUCUAGAAAACUGAUAAAAGAUGAAACGCUAACAUGUCUUAAUUUUAUCAGAAUCGUUCGACCUUUGACUGUUUCUUGUAACUGCCAACUUUCUUUCUUCAACUUGCUUCCAGAUCAACUGAUUGUAAAACCUUACGAACUUCACAGGUGCAGACUUUUCCACAAAAAAAAAUCUGUAAGCACAAAUUAUGGCUUCCAGUUCUUUAAAACUGUAUUUUAUGUCAGCGAAGAACAAGUUUUUUGUUUGUUUUUUUUUCUUUUACCUAAAUGUGUUUAAUAAUUUAUUCUUUAUAAAACGACGGCUCUCGGACUCUAUACUGUAGAUAAAAGCAAUAUCGUGCACUGGAAAAGGAGCUAGCUGCUAAGCACAAUGAGUCAUAUUUAAAUUGUACAUAUGUUGAAGUGUAAUUUUUUUAAAAUAAAUGUUAUUAUUUCAAGUUA